AUGGUUGAAACAAGUGACAAAGCGUUACAAGACAAAGUUAAAAAUCUUCACAGACAACGUGGGAUGUUUAAAAAAUCAAUUACAGACUUUACAAAAAGAAUGGAUAGAAUCAAACUUAAUCAAGAUCGAUUUGAUCCAGACGAGUUUGAAGUAGUGCUCAAAACACUUCGAGAACGUUUUUAUGUUUUCGAGGAUAUACAAGAUCAAUUAGAAGAAAUUGAUGAAGAAACAGAAGCUCCAGAGAAGCUUACAAUUCAAAACUCGUAUUUUUCAGCUGUUGCUGAAGCAACAAAAUUGUUACGCAAUACUAGCAUUGCAAAUAAUACAAGUUCGACAAAUACAAAUAAUAACAUUAACACAAUGUUUCCAGUUCCACAAAUACAUAUUCCAAAGUUUGAUGAUAAACGUCUUUUGACUCACAGACAUUGGUCAAUAAUACGAGAUUAUCCAAAGUUGAAAAAAGAUACACCUGCAGCUCUUGGUGAGUUAGUAGAUACAUUUAGACAACGUAUUAAAGCAUUAGAAAAUUUACAAGUUAAACAUAAUGCAUGGGACAUAGCACUAGUUGAUUUUAUGUUAUUAAAAUUAAAUCAAGAUACAAUUUUUGCAUGGGAAAUGACUCAUAAUUCUCAUGAAAUACCAAAAUAUUCCGACUUGUUAGAAUUUUUGGAACAACGAGCAAGAUGUGCUAAUUUUGCUUUGAAAGAAGAAACAAAUACAAAUGAAAAUAAAAAGGGUGAAAAACCCCAAGUUAAAAAAGGUGGAAUAUCAUUGACAACAACUACUACACGUCAUAGUAGUAUACAUCCAGGACGACCUAUAGCAUUUGUAGUCAACUCAACAACAAGUGUAUUAGUCGUCUCAGCACUCAUCAAUGUAUUCAAUAUUGACGGAGAAAAAAUACAAUGUCGAUGUCUUCUUGAUACGUGCUCAACUGCAAAUUUUAUGACUGAAAGUAUGGCAAGUAAACUUAAAUUAAAUAAAAAGAAAUGUUCAAUCUCAAUUGGUGCAUUGAACACAGCUUCAACAAUUUCUAAACAUGUUGUAAGUACCACAAUUCAAUCUUGUCACACAAAAUAUGAAAGAACAUUAAGUUUUCUGACAGUUCCAAGAAUUUCGGAAAAUAUACCUGAUCAAAUAAUUAAUAAAGAUAAUAUUAAAAUUCCUAAUACAAUGAAAUUAGCAGACCCUAAUUUUCAUCAACCUGCUCCAGUUGAUAUUUUAUUGGGAGCAGGUGUUACCAUGUCAUUAUUUACACAAGGACAAAUAGAUUUGUCUAAAUCUGGUGGCCCUGAUUUAUUUUUACAAAAGACAAAAUUAGGAUGGGUCAUCGGAGGUAGUGCACCUACAAACAAAGCAACAAAGCAAGUGUCUUGUCACCUGGCAUCAGACACACAAUUCAAUUUAGCUAAGUUCUGGGAAAUUGAAGAAAUACCAGAAACAAGUCAUCUCACAGUAGAUGAACAAGCAUGUGAAGAACAUUUUCUACAACAUGUUACAAGAAACAAAGAAGAACUAAAAAUACAAUACAACGCUGUACUACAAGAAUACCUAGACUUAGGUCACAUGUCUGAAGUACCAGAUAAACAAUUACAAGAAGAUGGUUUUUAUUUACCUCAUCAUGCAGUGAUAAAAGAAGAAAGCCAAACAACAAAAGUACGAGUCGUGUUCGACGGCUCAGCCAAGGGUUCCAAGGGUCAUUCGCUCAAUGAAUUGCUACAUGUUGGUCCAACAAUACAGACAGACAUUUUCUCAUUACUACUUCGAUUUAGAUUACACCAGUACGUACUGACUGGUGACAUUGAGAAAAUGUACAGACAAUUUUUAGUACGUCCACAAGAUAGAAAAUAUCAACGUAUUUUAUGGAGAAAUACGUCUGGUAUUAUCAAAACAUAUGAAUUAAAUACUGUAACAUUUGGUCUUGCUCCAUCACCAUUCCUAGCUAUACGAUGUCUACAUAAAUUAGCUGAUGAUGAACAAGAAAAUUUUCCUAUAGCAUCAGAAAUACUCAAGAGAGAUCUAUAUGUCGAUGAUCUUUUAACUGGUACACAAACACUUGAAGAAGCAAUUAAAUUGAGGGAUGAAUUAAUUCCUUUAUUACAACAAGGUAUGUUAAAUAUACGCAAAUGGGCUUCCAAUGAGCCUAGACUAUUAGAAGGCCUUCCAGAGGCUAACAAAAAUUUACAAUUACAAUUUAAUGACUCCAGUGCAAUAAAAACACUCGGUGUUUACUGGAGAUCUACUACAGAUACAAUUGUUUACACAGUUAAAACAAUUACGUUUGACGAAAUUACAAAACGCAAAAUUUUUUCUGAAAUUGAAAAAAUCUUUGAUCCUCUUGGACUUCUUGGUCCAGUUGUUAUGACAGCAAAAAUAGUUAUGCAACAAUUAUGGAGUAUAAACAUUGACUGGGAUGAACCUGUCCCAUCACCAAUUAAAGAUGAAUGGUUAACAUUUUAUAACCAAUUACAACUUUUAAAUGAUUUAUCUUUUAAAAGACAUACAAUAUUAAAUGAUACAACAAGUAUACAAUUACAUGGCUUUUGUGAUGCCAGUGAAAAAGCAUAUGGGGCUUGUAUUUAUCUCAGGUCCAUUGAUAAAAAAGGUAAAGUUUACACACAACUUUUGUGUGCCAAAGGGCGCAUAGCUCCUCUCAAGACACUAUCAAUCCCUAGAUUGGAAUUAUGUGGAGCAUUAUUACUUGCUUCGCUUUAUACAACAAUAAUUAAAGCAAUACACAUAACAAUAGAUGACACAUAUUUGUGGUCAGAUUCUACAAUUGUUUUACACUGGCUAAGAAAAGAGCCAAGUGUUAUGAAAACAUUCGUGGCAAACAGAAUUGCCAAAAUACAAGAAAAAACAAAAACAACACAAUGGUGCCAUGUGCGUACACAUGACAAUCCUGCUGACCUGAUUUCUAGAGGUCAACUACCUGAAGAAUUCAUCAAAACAACAACAUGGCAACAUGGGCCGUCUUGGCUGUGUGAAGAUCCAGAUGGCUGGCCGAAAUUCGAGAUGACCGAGGGUUGCAGUCUACCUGAGCUCAAGGUCAACACAUGUCUCAACACAAUUACAACAAGUGCAGCACAAACACAAGUAAAUAUAAACAAUAAAAAUGAUUACAAUAUUUUAACUCGUUAUUCAUCUUGGAAUAAAUUACAAAAUGUUAUUGCAUAUUGUCUGCGAAUGAAAACAAACAACAAGAAUACUGGGCGAUUACAAAAUGCCUCUAUUCCAUACAAUCAAAAGUAUCCAAUCAUUUUACCUAAAAAUCAUCAUGUAACUUCAUUAAUAAUUAAACAUGAACAUAAAGUACACUUGCAUACUGGUACUCAAGCCACAUUAUAUGCUGUAAGACAACAAUAUUGGCCGAUUGAUGGUCGCAAUCAAGUGAGUAAAAUAAUACGCACUUGUACAACAUGUCUACGAGCACAGCCUCGUACAAUUGAUUAUCUGAUGGGUAAUUUACCAAAAGCAAGAGUUAAUGAAGCAAUUCCAUUUACAAUAGUUGGGGUUGACUUUUGUGGACCUUUUUUAGUCAAAGAAAAGAAAGAAAGAAAUAGAAUAAAGGUAAAAAUAUACGUAGCAGUCUUUGUAUGUCUCGUCAUCAAAGCUGUACAUCUAGAAAUGGUCAGUGAUUUAACUACAGAUUGUUUUAUUGCUGCUUUAAAAAGAUUUGUAGCAAGACGUGGUUACCCGACUGAUAUUUAUUCAGACAAUGGUUUAAAUUUCAUAGGGGCCAACAAUGAAUUAAUUAGAUUACAAGAUCAAUUAAAAUCAAACGAUGCACAAAAUAAAUUACAAGAAUUUUUUAACACAAGAAAAAUUCAAUGGCAUUUUACGCCACCACUUUCUCCACAUUUUGGCGGACUCUGGGAAGCCGCAGUAAAGUCAUUUAAACAUCAUUUUAAAAGGGUUAUUAAACCAGAUAUUUUAUUAUCACAAGAAGAAUUUAAUACACUAAUUAUUGAAGUUGAAGCAAUUUUAAAUUCUCGUCCAUUAACGCCUAUAUCAAGUGAUCCAAACGAUCUCACAGCGUUAUCACCUGGACAUUUUUUAAUUGGACAUGCUCUUACAACUAUAAGAGAUCAUGACUACAACAACAUACCCAUGAACAGAUGGUUGCUGUCAGUGAGUGACAGAAUAUCAUCAAAUGUCGAAGAUCUGCAAGCUUGGUUAAGAAAAGAUUUAUCAGUAAGUUCACUUAAUGAUUUGGCAAAUGAUACAACAAAAACAAUUGAUAUAAGAACUUUUGAGAGACCCAAAAAAAUGGAAGAAUGA